CUAACAUUUUUUGUUUCUAUUGAUAGUGAAACUAAUUCGAUAGACAAACUAAUAGUGCAUUUUUUUUGUUAUAUACUUCUUUUUUUUGUUAUGUGACACUUGUAUGCUAUACUAGAUACUCUUAUCUAUUAUAUAUAGACAUUACCAUAUUACAUACAGAUCGCCAAAACAAGUAAAUCUUCUUCACCGGUCAACUUGAUCAAGUCAUCAUCGACAUGGCUAGAUCUUUGCUGCUCUCGCUAACCCUUGCGUGCUUCUUCACCGCAAUGGUCUCAGCUCGUGACUGGAACAUCCUAAACCAGCUCAAAGGAGGCAAGCCAACCACCAGCCAAAACGGCAUAGGAUCGUUGAAAGUAUCAAACCUAAACGGAUACUGCGAGAGCUGGAGAGUCAACGUGGAGCUUCACAACAUCAGAGACUUCACGGUGGUGCCGCAGGAGUGCGUCUGGUUCGUCCAAAAGUAUAUGACGUCAUCUCAAUAUGAGGAUGACGUGGAGAGAGCCGUUGAUGAAGCCAUCCUAUACCUCGGAAAAACUUGUUGCGAGAAGAAGAAAUGUGAUGGAAUGGAUGCUUGGAUCUUUGACAUUGAUGACACUCUUCUCUCCACCAUUCCUUACCACAAGAGCAACGGAUGCUUCGGUGGUGAGCAACUAAACACGACCAAGUUCGAGGAAUGGCAAAAUUUGGGAAAGGCACCAGCGGUUCCAAGCAUGGUGAAGCUGUUCCACGAGAUCAGAGAGAGAGGCUUCAAAAUCUUUUUGGUCUCUUCUCGUAAAGAGUAUCUCAGAUCUGCCACCGUCGAAAACCUUAUUGAAGUCGGUUACCACGGCUGGUCUAACCUUCUUCUCAGGGGAGAAGAGGAAGAGAAGAAGAGUGUGAGCCAAUACAAAGCAGAUGUGAGGACAUGGCUUACAAGUCUUGGAUACAGAGUUUGGGGAGUGAUGGGUUCACAAUGGAACAGCUUCGCAGGUUGUCCAGUUCCCAAGAGAACCUUCAAGCUCCCUAACUCCAUCUACUACAUUGCUUGAUCAAAUCAUAUGUACUACUCUAACCAAAAAAAAUAAGAUCAGAAUUCCAAUCUUAUUCUUGUGUCUUUUGAUUCUCUCCCUUCAUUUUUCCAUUUCUGGUUUAUAUACCAAUUCAAACGCUUAUGAGUGAUAUGAUAUAUGAACCAAUAUCAUCUUUGUUUCAGUUGAAUUCAUCUUCUUCUUUUUUUUACUAUUA